GCUGUGGCCACCACUCGGAAUGUCCUACAACUCAAUUGUAACACAUACCAUACCGCUAUAUAUCAUAUUGGCCUACGAUCUUGUAAUCGUGACGAUCGCCACUGGUCUUCUCCGUGCGCUCUUAACUUUCAAUAAACAAAUCAUCCGAACGCAUUUGUAUUUCGACUACUUUGCAUUAGCAUUCAAUGUGAUCACAUUAGUACUAUUCCUCCCACCCUUAUUUUUACCAAAUUUCCAAAUUCGUAAUUUCGCUAAUAUAUUACUGAUUCUGUGCUUUGUCACUCAAAUACCAUUACAAAUUUGGGCAAUAACAGUGCUACGUUCAUGUCUAGAAUUCUUCGUUUUGGUGCAUGUAUUGGUUGAGUUAGCGGAGAGAUAA